AUGGCCGUUGCCAGAUAUCCGUUUAACAAACCCACUGCAGAUCUCAUUCUGCGAUCAUCCGAUCGGGUCCUGUUCCGCACGCAUAAGACGAUCCUUGCCGAAGCAUCGCCCUUCUUAGCGCGUAUCAUUCCGCACAGUGCAGCUGCACACGGUGCCUCUGUGAACGACCUCCCUGUUCUGGAGAUUGAAGCACAGUCGCGCACGGUGGAGAAUCUACUCACGAUCUGCUAUCCAGUCCCGAACCCUCUGUUGGCUUCGUCGAGGGAGAUCAGCGACGUGUUGCAUGCAGCAGCUAAAUACGACGUGAGCUACGCCUUUGUGGUGUGCAAGCAAGCCCUACUGCAUCCAGACCUGGUGCGGGAUGACCCGUUGGGCGUUUAUGCGGUCGCAUGCAUGCAUAGACUGGAGGGUGUGGCACGUGCGGCUGCUCGACACACACUGCGAUUCCCAUACCUCCUUCGCCCAUCGGAAGCUAUGAACGCACUUCCUGCUCCGGAACGAAGCUGGCUUUUAUGGUAUCGGGAUGGUUGCAGACAAGUCGCGAUUCGAACGGUCCACUUCUGGUACUCUUCCAGGAUAGAACGUGCCAAGAACCUUACUUUCGAAUGCGAGGAGUGUCGAGAUCUAGACAUACCUCCGGAAGAGAAUCUCAUAGAAUUCUCAGUUGACAAAGAGUAUUUUCUCGCACAUACUCUCGCACUCAUGGACAAAACCCCGUGCGGCGAGGUUAUCCUGAACGACGCGGAGCUCGGAUCAUGGAGCUUCGUGGACACGCAGGAGAUUUCCUGCUGUGGUUGUCGAGAGGGUAUUGCGCUUGCAAUGCGACGCUUUCGCGCAGACCUUGCGAGAGAGGUCGACCGCGCAAUCUUUCCGGAUUAA